AACACCUCCCCCAUUUCCCUAAAACCCUAGCAGCCACUAGGGUUUCUCCGCCCCACAACCCCGCCUCCUCCCUCCUCCCUCCGAUGGGCAAGUCCAACAAGAAGGCGGCGGCGGCGGCCGUGGCAGCGGCGCCCGCAGCGGUGCCCAAGGGGAAGAAGCGGGAUGCGGCUGACGAGAUCGAGAAGGCGGUGAGCGCCAAGAAGCAGAAGGCAGCGCCGCCGCCCAAGGUGGACGCCAAGAAGGCCAAGAAGCAGCCGCCGCCCAAGAAGGCCGAGAGCAGCAGCAGCGGCUCGGAGGAGGAGGAAUCCGAGUCCGAAGAGGAGGUUAAGGUGCAAACAAAGAAGGCCCUUCCUGCCAAGACUGUCAAACAAGAGUCUAGCGAUGAUGGCAGCAGUGAUGAGACCUCUGAAUCUGAUGAGGAACCUGCAAAGAAGCCUGCUGCUAAACCAUCGGCCACAAUUGCCAAAAAUGGUUCAAAGAAAGGCAAGCAAGAGAGCAGCAGCGAUGAGAGUGGUUCUGAUGAUGAGUCGAGUGAAGAUGAUGAAGCACCUGCCAAGCCUAAGGCUCCUGCAGUGGCUGCCAAAAAGGAAGAUUCCAGUGAAAGUGAGUCAGAGAGUGAUUCUGAGGAUGAGGAUAAAAGUAAAACCGCAAAAGUAGCUCAGCCUGCCAAGAGAGCUGCUUCUAAGAUGAGUGAUGACUCAGACAGUGAUGAUUCAGAUAGUGAUGAUAGCGAUGAAGAGCCUCCACAAAAGAAGCAGAAGGACGCAGCACCUUCUGCAGCUGCAAAAGCUACUGCUGCAAAGAAAGAAACCAGCAGUGAUGAUGAGAGCGACGAUGAGAGUGAUGAAGACAGUGAAGAGGACGAAGAGGAUGAAGAGCCUGCUAAAACUCCAAAGAAGGAAGCACCUGCUCUCACCUCUGGAAAGCAAAGUGCUACCAAAGAACCUAAAACGCCUAUGGACACCCAAAGUCAAGCAACUGGAUCAAAGACCCUUUUUAUGGCAAACGUCCCCUUCAGAGCUGAACUUGAGGAUGUGAAAGAAUUUUUUGAGGCGGCUGGCGAGGUUGUUGAUGUUCGUUUUCCUGUGUAUGAAGAUGGCAGUCGUAAAGGUUUUUGCUAUGUUGAAUUUGUUUCUGCCGAAGCUGCCAAGAAGGCUUGUGAAGAGAUGAGUGGAAAAGAGAUGCAGGGUCGUGCUGUAAGACUUGACUUUGCUCAGGAAAGAAAUGCAUACACUCCUCGCAGUGGCAACGACACUGGAUCUUUCCAGAAGCCAGUUAGGGGUGCCAGCAGCUCUGUAUUUAUCAGGGGUUUUGAUAAAAAUCUUGAAGAGGACAAGAUCCGAAGCUCUCUUGAACAACAUUUUGGUGAGUGCGGUGAGAUAACAAGGGUCUCAAUUCCAACGGAUUAUGAGACUGGUGCAGUCAAAGGAAUAGCAUACUUGGACUUCAAGGACCAGGAUUCCAUGUCGAAAGCCCUUGAGCUCAGUGGCUCUGACAUUGGUGGCUAUGAGCUGUUUGUUGAUGAAGCCAAGCCAAAAGGCGAUGGCCAGCGUGGUGGUGGCAGAUCCGGAGGCAGGUCUGGUGGCAGAUUUGGUGAACGGUCUGGCGGCAGGCGUGGUGGUGGUGGCAGAUUCGGUGACCGGUCCGGUGGCAGGGACAGCGGCGGUAGAUUUGGCCGAGGUGGUGGUGGUAGGGGUGGUAACCGCGGCGGUGGCCGUGGCUUUGGUAACAGGCCGAGCUUUGGAGCGGCUAGUGCAGGAAAGAAGACAACCUUUGGUGAUGAUUAGAGUGAGGAUUGAGCAUCCUCAAUCGAUGCAUCAGCGAGAGAAAGACGAAAGAUCUGCUGCUGCUCUAGUGAAAUUUUGAGCAAUAUUUUGUUUACCUUCAAAUCUGUAGUAGUCGUGCCAGUGCUUGGAUGAUGUUGGUGCCUAUGUCCGUUACUUUUGGCUGAAGUUAAGUGGGAUAUCUGUUUGGGUAUACAUGUGCCGUUCUCUGCUAUGGGGAAACUGCCGCGUUAUUAGAAUUAUUAUCGUAUUAACAUGGUUUUGCACUCUGAA